AUGACCAGUAUAGAGGAGUAUAGUAUAUUCGGCCUGAAAAGAAUGCUGGACGAGGACAUGGACCGCAUGGCAGGAAGGAAAGAGAGCAAGAGCCGACUGGUGAGGGCGUUGGGCAUGAAGGUGGCCAGCGGACUAAGCCUGACUCCAUCGCUGAGCUCGGUGAAGUCGCAGGUUAGGUCGCCCAGAAGUCCGGCGAGCUCGCUGUGGUCGGGCUCGUCGUUCGAGGCAGAGCUGGGCUCGUACGACGGCUACAGCAGCGGGGGCAGCUUGUGUGGAAGCAGACAGAGCUCGAUGGGAUCGCACCUGCGGUCGUUCAGGAUGUCUGGGAGCUCGCUCACCGAUGAGAUCGAGGACGAAUGGGCAGAGCCUGCAAGCAGCAUGCUGUGCGGGCCGUCCAAAACGGGGCCUGGUGCGCACGGUGCUGCCGUCGCACAGCCCGUGGAGCACCAUCCGUUGUGCGACCAACAACCAGCCGGCACCCGCAUGGCCCUGUCCACCGAGCCCACGCUGAGGCUGGUCAACAUGCAGGACCUGGACCUGGGGGACGAGUAUCUGGUGAGCGACGUAGUACAGUUUUACAGUCCAGUUUUUCAGCGUGCAAAAGCCAGCAGUCCCACAGUCACCACAACGCCUCCCCGGAGGGCUUCCGUGGAUCUCACAAUUGACCCUCAUUCAAACGUGGGCACCGCGGCCGCCGCCCCCGUCAAUAAUCGCAGAAGGUCGUCGCUCAUCAUCGAACCCGACGUUGUGGAAUUGGAAAACUGGCCCACUCAACACCCCGGCGAACUGUACCUCAGGCCGCCACCUUUACCUGCCCAGCAGGCCACAGCAUCAUCCGGAUUCGCAUCACCAAGCACCGCACUCUCGCCGGCUACGCCCACUCCCAACCGGCGUCUGCGACAACAGACAUUUAAUCCAAACUUCCUCAAGCUCUACGCGAUGGAGACGUCCUCAAAGGCCUCCGAUUUGAUACCAGACCUCAACGUUGACGAGCAAGUCCUGCGGCGACUAACCUUCCAGGACAUUUGGAACCUAGAUAUUCCUUUUUCCCCUCAAACGGCCAAUGUCAGUGUUCGCGACAUCAAGAUCGCACUUAUUACUCGCAAGAAACUGUGGUCUGAGAUGAUGUGUGAGCCACGUCUGGACCUCCACGGUGACCGUGCCCCAUGGAACCUAAAAUUCGAGGUUGAACAAUCAACUUCAAAAGGGCAGUCCGCUGCCUCAACGACCCGCUCUCUGGUUCGGGUAAACUCAGAAUUGAAACCCUGGAUGAGCGUUACUUCAGAACGGAUGUUGAGGCCCGUGGGGAAACUCCAGCUGACUCGCGCCAGGCCCGGAAAGGAGACCCGAGAAAUACAGUACGUGGUCAAAGGUUGGUGUGAUUCCAGAUUUACAGGGCAAUAA